UUCUUGUCCCCAUUCACUCCUCUCCCUUCUUAUUUUGAAUCCCCCCUCUUUCCCCUCUUCAUUUCCCAAACCUCCCUCCAUUUUUUUCUCCAAAAAAACAACAAAGAGUACCAAAAUUUCAAACCUUCUUCUUCUCUGUUAAUUCAUCAAUGGCGGUAGCGUUGAGUAGAGGACGAAGCGAGCAGCUUCAUCUCCAGAAAUUCAAAGAGAAACAAGAUGAAUACAACGACAACAGCAUGAAUUUGAUUGAUCAACAAAAGCAGAAGAAGGCGGUUUCUGUAGUACCAGUUGUUUAUUAUCUCUCCAGAAAUGGUCAGCUUGAACAUCCUCAUUUCAUGGAGGUUUCUCUCUCCUCUCCUCAUGGCCUUUUUCUCUCUGAUGUCAUCCAUCGCUUGAAUCUUCUUCGCGGCAAAUCCAUGGCUUCUCGCUACUCCUGGUCUUCUAAACGGAGCUAUAAGAGUGGAUACGUAUGGCAUGAUUUGGCGGAGAAUGAUUUCAUUCAUCCAGUUCACGGUGGAGAGUAUGUUCUCAAAGGCUCUGAGAUUUUGGUUGAAGCCGCUGUUUCGUCGUCCACCGUGUCUAAAUCCUUCGAAACGGAAACGACGUCGUCAGCUUCAUCUAGCGCGAAGAAUACUCCGGCGGCUGAAGACUCAGAGUUUCCGGUGGUAGUGAGGAAUCGGCGUCGGAAUCAAUCAUGGGGAGCGAUUGACUUGCAUGAGUACAAGGUUUACAAAGCUGAGUCGCCUCUGGAGUUCGCCGGGAAAGCGGCGGCGAACGCGUCAACUCAGACGGAGGAGAAACGACGUCGUAGGAAGGCGGUUAUAAUCAAGGAAGAGCCAGAGGAAGAGGAAGAAGAAGAGAGGAGAGAGAAAGUGGAGCGAGUGCAAGAAGAGGAACAACAGAGUACAGAGCUGAGUAGAGACGAUAUUUCACCACCACCGUCGGAUUCAAGCCCGGAGACACUAGAGUCGUUGAUGAAAGCGGACGGGAGAAUAUUACUUCCUUCAUCAUCAUCAUCUUCAUCACAAGUUGUUAACCACAGUGAUCACAAUCAGACGGUAGGGAGUUGUCCAAGUGGCAGAAUGAAAGCAUCUACAGUUUUAAUGUCUUUGAUCUCCUGUGGUUCGGUAUCUUUCAAAGACUGUGGGGCCACAGCGGUGAAAGACCAAGGGUUCUCGUUGAUAUCUCAUUAUAAGACUAGAGUACCACGUGGCACAAAUCAGAGCUUGGUGGAGGGGGGUAACGAGAUGAUGAUGGUGGAGAUUGAGAAUAAUGUGAGUAGUAAAUUUGCAAAAAUGGCAUUGGAAGACAAGGAGUAUUUUAGCGGGAGUUUAAUAGAGACAAAAAAACAAGAGUUUCCUACUAUCCUCAAAAGAUCAUCAUCAUACAAUGCUGAUCGGAAUGUGCAUAUGAAGUUGGAGGAGAAAGAAGUGGAAGGAGUAAGAGCAAAAUGCAUACCAAGAAGGCCGAAGACUCAAACAAGUACUAGUAAGAAACAAUGUGACGCGGAAAUUGCUCGUGCUUCUAUCAACAACACUCACCAAAAUUAAGAGCCUUCUUCAUUCUCGACUUCAUAAUGUUAAUUACUAGGAGUUCAAGUAUCUAAUAUGAUUUCCCCCCUGUUGUCUAGACUAUUAUUAUUAUUAUUAUUAUUAGUGGUAAAUGAUAGUAUUAGAAAAAUGAUGGAAAUUAACAAGAAGAAAAGGUUGAAAAAUGAAGGGGACAAAAGUUAAUACGCCGUAAGUAGUACGGUGGAUAACGUACAUUAGAACAUUAGGAAUUUCGUAGUUAUUUUGGGAAUUCGAAAAAUCUUUUGCAUUUUAGCUAUGUGCAGAAAAAAAUUAAAUAAAAAAGCCCCUUUCUCAUGUGAA